AUGGAAGAACAGCCGAGAUCUCGCCCGAAGGUGACCAAAAGUCGUGAACUGCGUUCGCGUAUUGCUGUCUGCGCUGAUAGAAAAGUUUUUGGAAAGAGUCGAACCGCGUACGCGACGAACAAAGCAAGGCGGUCGGUGACGGCUAUAAAAGAGAAAAAGAACUCUUGUUCAAACAUGUCUAUCACCAAGGUUCACGCCCGUCAGAUUUUUGACUCCCGUGGAAAUCCCACAGUCGAAGUUGAUCUCUACACCGCCAAGGGUCGUUUCCGCGCGGCUGUUCCUUCUGGUGCCUCGACUGGUGUCCAUGAAGCUGUCGAGCUCCGUGAUGGCGACAAGGCAAACUAUGUCGGAAAGGAAGACGAGAGUCGCCGCGGAAUGGCGGGUCGGAAUUGUGAUUCGGCUCCGUCUGCAUGUUAUCAGCUUCAAAGAGCACUAGACCGUGUUUCCAAUGCUGUAAAGAACGUGAACGAGGUUAUCGCUCCGGCUCUCAUCGACUCGGGACUCACUGUCACUCAACAAAAGGAAAUCGACGCCUUGCUCUUGAAGCUCGACGGUACGCCAAACAAGGGCAAGUUGGGAGCCAACGCAAUCCUCGGUGUCUCCAUUGCUGUCGCUGAGGCAGGUGCCGCUGAGAAGGGCGUCCCCCUCUACAAGUACCUCGGCAGUCUUGCCGGCCAUGAGGGAGACAAGAUGACGAUGCCUUGCCCUGCUUUCAACGUUAUCAAUGGUGGAUCCCACGCUGGAAACGGAUUGGCCUUCCAAGAAUUCAUGUUGUUGCCCACUGGUGCCUCCUCCUUCACCGAGUCGAUGAAGAUGGGUACCGAAACCUACCACACCCUCAAGAAGGUGAUCCAGGCCAAGUACGGUCUCGAUGCUACCAACGUUGGUGACGAAGGUGGUUUCGCACCCAACGUCGCUGGUGCCGAAGAGUCCCUCGACCUGCUCGUAGAAGCCAUCAAGAAGGCUGGCUACGAGGGCAAGAUCAAGAUUGCCAUGGACGUCGCUUCUAGUGAAUUCUACAAGGAGACUGCAGACGGUAACAAGUAUGACUUGGAUUUCAAGAACCCCAACUCGGACCCUACCAAGUGGCUCACCGGUGUCCAACUCGCCGAGCUCUAUCAAAAGUUGGUCGAAAAGUACCCCAUUGUUUCGGUCGAAGAUCCUUUCGAUCAGGAUGACUGGGAGGCCUGGUGCCACUUCACCAAGGGUACCAAAGUCCAGAUUGUCGGCGAUGACUUGACUGUCACCAACCCUAUCCGCAUCAAGACCGCCGUCGAGAAGGGUGCCUGCAAUGGUCUCUUGCUCAAGAUCAACCAAAUUGGUACCAUCAGCGAGAGUAUCCAGGCUGCACAACUCGCUCAAAGCAGCGGUUGGGGUGUCAUGGUUUCCCACCGUUCAGGAGAAACCGAAAAUACUGUCAUUGCAGACCUCGUUGUAGCUCUUGGUGUCGGUCAAAUCAAGACGGUCGAGGUGGAUCUAACGAUACCCCUGCCCCUUUCCAAAAGGUACAAUCAACUCCUCCGUAUCGAAGAAGAGCUCGGAGAGAAUGCCGCCUACGCUGGUGAUACUGGUUUGUCCGCCGGAACCACCCCUCCUGCCUUGUUGAAGAAGUAA